AUGUCCCAUAACCCAGAAAGAAGACUGUCGACAGGCGGACUCCCACCAAUCAGAGUCCGUGAGCAAUGUGUUGUUGAAAAAGUCCCAAGCCACCACGACCCCGGCGUACCCUGCUAUACCGCCUGGAUGCGCGAAGAAAUUGAGAAAGUUCCAGAAGGAUGGUCAGCUUCCGAUUUCACUAUCGCAAAUAAACGCCCUCAGCGCUCUUUCCAAAUCUAUGACACAACGCCCCAAGCUGCCAACCCAGACCACCUCCAGACCUUGGCUGAGGAGUUCCAAACAGAGUUGUGCAAAGAUCAUGGAGUAGGUGGCCGUAAUAAGACUGCUCGCAUAGAUGUCUGGGCCAAGCCAUUUGCUGCCGACGCGUCUGCAGGUGAGGAGAUGAAAAUCGACACAUGCAAGGCGCAUAUCCUGGCUGAGAUCGCCGCGCGAGAGACUUCAGGAGACAACAGCUUCCACGUCUCCGAACUUUGUAGCCAUGUCCGAUGGAAGAGGUUCCUUCUUAUUAUGGAUCAGCCGGAAGAAUCGUGGAAUGAAGAUGAAGGGGGUUUCCUCGCUGUGUAUUGGGAUCCUCACUCGAGUUAUCAGGGAACGCCAGAAGGGCCGGAAACGCACACGAGGCGCUAUACCCGCGAGGAGUUAGGCACGCUGUUAGAGGACAUAACCAACUUCUUCUAG